AGAGAGCAGUGCAGGGAGCGAAAUCCCGGCCGAGAAGCCCCUGCGCGGCAGCGGCCGGGCGCUGGGAGCUCCCUUCCUGUCUGGGGCGGCUCUGCGCUGCAGGCUGUGAGAGGAUCCGAGCGGCGGCGGAGGCUCGGAGCCCUCUCCCCUCUGCUCCCCCGCAGGUUGCUCCUCGCCUCUGCCCUCCUCUCCUCGCCCAUGGCGGAGACUAAAAUCAUCUACCACAUAGACGAAGAGGAAACCCCCUAUCUGGUGAAACUGCCCGUCCCUCCGGAAAAAGUCACUUUGGCCGAUUUUAAAAAUGUCCUCAGCAACCGACCUGUGCACAGCUACAAAUUCUUCUUUAAAUCCAUGGACCAGGAUUUUGGGGUGGUAAAGGAAGAAAUCUCAGAUGACAAUGCAAAGCUACCAUGCUUCAAUGGAAGAGUGGUGUCCUGGCUGGUCCUGGCUGAAAGCUCUCACUCUGACACAGGUUCUCAGUGCACUGAGAGCCAUACAGAUCUUCCGCCUCCCAUUGAGAGAACAGGUGGCAUUGGAGACUCACGACCUCCAUCAUUUCACCCAAAUGCUGCCAGCAGUCGUGAUGGAUUGGACAAUGAAACAGGAACAGAGUCAGUUGUUAGCCAUCGUCGAGACAGACAUCGACGCAGGACUAGAGAAGGGCAUGAAGAUGUCCCUCGGAUCAAUGGCCAUCCCAAACUAGACAGACACCGUGAGCACCCUCCUGGUUAUGACAGCUCUUCCACCAUGAUGAGCAGUGAACUGGAAUCUAGCAGUUUCAUUGAUUCUGAUGAUGAAGACAACACAAGCAGGUUGAGUAGCUCCACUGAGCAAAGUACUUCAUCCCGGCUUAUACGGAAACAUAAACGCAGGAGAAGGAAACAAAGGAUGCGGCAGAUUGACAGGUCAUCCUCGUUCAGCAGCAUCACUGAUUCUACCAUGUCCCUAAAUAUCAUCACUGUCACACUCAACAUGGAAAAGUAUAACUUCCUGGGGAUCAGCAUUGUAGGACAGAGCAAUGACCGGGGCGAUGGUGGCAUAUACAUUGGCUCUAUUAUGAAAGGAGGGGCUGUGGCAGCAGAUGGACGAAUUGAACCAGGAGACAUGCUUCUGCAGGUGAAUGAUGUCAAUUUUGAGAACAUGAGCAAUGACGAUGCAGUACGAGUUUUGCGGGAAAUAGUCUCCAAGCCAGGACCUAUCAGCCUAACAGUAGCCAAAUGCUGGGACCCUACUCCCAGGAGUUAUUUCACCAUCCCCAGGGCUGAACCAGUGAGGCCAAUUGACCCUGCCGCAUGGAUCUCUCAUACCACAGCCAUGACGGGAGCGUACCCCCGUUACGGUAUGAGCCCCUCCAUGAGCAUCACCACAUCUACCAGCUCCUCACUAACAAGCUCAAUUCCCGAUUCGGAAAAAUUAGAAGAAUCUCCUUUAACUGUGAAGAGUGACAUGGCUACUAUUGUCAAGGUUAUGCAGCUGCCAGAUUCAGGCCUUGAAAUCCGGGACAGGAUGUGGUUAAAAAUUACCAUCUCCAAUGCAGUGAUAGGAGCAGAUGUGGUUGACUGGCUUUACACACAUGUGGAAGGCUUCAAAGACCGACGAGAGGCUAGAAAAUAUGCCAGCAGCAUGUUAAAACAUGGCUACCUCAGGCACACUGUGAACAAAAUCACCUUCUCAGAGCAGUGCUAUUAUGUCUUUGGAGACCUCUGUGGCAAUUUGGCUGCACUGAACCUUAACAACGGUUCUAGCGGAGCCUCGGAUCAGGAUACGCUUGCCCCACUUCCACAUCCUGCUGCUCCCUGGCCAUUAGGCCAAGGAUACCCAUAUCAGUAUCCUCUACCCCCUCCGUGUUUUCCACCAGCAUACCAAGACCCAGGCUUUGGCUAUGGUAGUGGCAGUGCAGGGAGCCAGCAAAGUGAAGGAAGCAAAAGCAGCGGCUCGAACCGAAGCAACAGUGAGAACAGCAGGAGAGCUCUUGGCAGAGAGAAGGACCGCAAAUCAGCUGGCAGUGGCAGCGAGUCUGACCACACUACCCGCAGUGGGGGUGGUGCCAGCGUAGUGCGUCGGGAAAGGCCUGUCAGCCAGCUCAGCCACCGGAGUCAUGUCUCUGCUGCCCAGAGUGAGAGGAGCCACCACAGCCAUCACUCGUACGGGCCUCCAGGAGUCCCACCCCUCUACAAUCUCCCCAAACUGGCUUCCAAAGUCUACGGGACAAGCGGACCCCCUGGAGGGCCGCCUGUGAGGGAACUGAGCUCUGUUCCUCCAGAGCUGACGGGGAGCCGGCAGUCCUUCCAGAAGGCUAUGGGCAACCCUUGUGAAUUCUUUGUUGACAUCAUGUGAGAGGAAGUGCCUUCAGACUCUGCUUGGGGGGAGGGCUGGGGUGGGUUGUUUUUUUGUGAGGGUGGAAUUUGGGUGUUGUUGAACAUGUAAUAGAAGAAACUUGACUGUCUUGCAUGUCACACCUUGCUGGUUUGCAAUUGUGUAUUGCAGAAAAAACAACAAAACAAAAAAAGACACACACAAAAAGAGACAAGCAAAAAAAUCUCUUGGGAUUGUUAAAUAUCAGCAAAUUGAUAUAUCAGCAUCUUUUUCUUACCCUUUUGUUUUUCUUUCUUCCCUUCUUGUUUCUAAUUGUGAUUGGCUGGUGUAUAUUCACAACUUAAUGGUCUUUGGUAAUUGUGGCACCUACUUUCAGUGCAGUUAGUGUGUUUUUUUGGCUGAUGCAAGGACUAAUAUUUUAUGUAACUUCCAAAUUUCCCAUAAUGAAUAGUAACACCUUUAUUCACCCCCCACCCUUUUUCUCUUACAAGAAAAAAAUGAUUGUUGGCUAGUAUCUUUGAUACUUCCCUGCAAUGAUGUUUCUUGUCAGUCAGUGCUCUGAGUAGAUACAGCAUCUGAAAACGUAUGGGCAACAUGUGAUUGGAAAGUAACAGGCUCAAACCAGUUCCCAGAAGAAGACAAAGCUCUGACGACCCUCCUCUGAUGACUAGGGAGUAUAAAUCUAUUUUAUUUUAUUUUAUUUGUUAUCCUAUCAAGGAUGUCAAGAGUUGGACUAAAUGAUCUCCAGAGGUCUCUUCCAACCUUACCAGUUCUAUGAUUCUAUGUUAUCCUAUCACGGGAGUGGUGGAGUGUUGCUACUGUAUAUGUUCGUUGUACAGAACUUACAAUGUUAUUUCAUUUAGUAGUGUAACGAUGACUUUGUCGCUGCAUUUCCUGGGCUGUUCCUGGGCAUUUCAGUCAUAUCCCUGCUGACAGAUGUGUCCGUUUUUUUCUGAUUAUAGCACACACUUGCAUACUAGUUUUAAAGUUGUUUCCACAGAAAUAGGAUAAUUGCUGCUACCUCAUUCCAUUAGUGUAGCUGCAGCUCUUACUUUUUAAAGGGAGUAUGUAUCCCAUUCUGGCAGAGAGGUAGGUGAAACCUUCCUCUCAUAGGGACAUGAGUAUUAGUUUUGAUGACCUCUUUCCAUUCUUCAUUUCUGAAUAGUAUCUUUCUCUUUUUCCCAUCUUUAUCUCUGCGCUGAAAUGGAAACCUGGAGGUGGCUAAUCCCGAUUGCCGUGUUACCCAAGUGUACAUGCAUUGAACAUAGAUAGGGGCUAGCUGUUAGCAGAGAGGCAAGAGGGUGUUUUGAGAAUAGUCCAUAAAUGGUGUAAUGAUUAAAUCUUUAUGCCUGACAGAGCGAGACCUGUGCUAAAGAUCAUGUUCCUGCUGGGGAACUUUGGCUUAAGAAACUGCUGUGUUGCAUAUCCCCAAGAUUUCAUUGCUACUUAUUUUUGGCUCUGAGGCUAUGGGCACUUAAUAAAAUGUGUUCAGGAACCUUUGCUGAAGCUUAAGAAGUUUUUUCAAAAGUACCUGAAUUAGGGUGUGUUAGGAGCAUACCCACACCCAGUUAAGAAGGCUCGUCUAAUAGGAAAUAAUACUCUGCAGUCAUUUAGUGCUGUUUGACAAUGGGGCCAUGCCUCAGUUAAAUCCUCCCUUUUGAGAUACCUAACAUAUUUGACAUAUUUUAGGACAGGUGUUUUAAAAUCAGUCUUUACUGUAUAUAAGCAUUUCUUUUCCUGAUAAGAAGUUUCUUUCUGUUGUGUUCUGUUCUUUAUGGAUAGUUUGAAUAUCCAAUAUGAAUGUCAGAAAAGUACAUCUUUCUCACUGUAUAUGUGUAGUCUCACGUUCCUUUGUCAUCCUGGAAAAAUACUUUUCAAACUGUCCAUUUCAUAUGUUAUUCAUUCUGAUAUGUUUUGCUACUGUUUCUGUUCUUUUUACAGAUUUGUGUGCAUAUAAGCAGAUAUCCCUUUUACAAAACUCAGGCUAACGUUUUCAAAUGUAUGUGUUACUUGGGAGGCCUAAGUCUCAUUUUCAAAAGGAAUCUAACCAUUUAGGAAAUUGUGCCACUCAGAUGAGGUACCCAAAUUAUUGAGCUUCUAAACCAGCUGAGUGUUUUUGGAUUACUUGCUCACCAAGAAUUCCCCUAAAGGCUUUAUCACAUUUCAGACAUGGUGCUUUUCUUAUAAUCUUCUAGGCUAGCAUAGAUUGCAAACUUGGUGGUGAUUUGUUCAAAAGACUGACACUAUCUAAAGCUUGACUGUGCAAAAGUAUUCUUUCUUUUCCUUUUCUUCUUCACCUAGAAACACAGCAAAGACACUAACCAAAUUCAAUAAACUGGUGGAAAGAUCAAAGUUUAAAGUAAUGAAAUAAAUCACAAUGAAGUCCUUUGUCUCCUA